GCGGAGGAAGACGAGGCACCAGUCCAGGGCCCUCUACCGGCCGAGCCAGACGACGCCCCGUGGAAGAGAAACAGCGGGAUUAGGAAGUUGUUCUGGUUGGCGCUGACGAGACGCGAUGAGGGCCGCAGGUCGCCCCCGCCAAGGAUCUCUUUCGGCCCUUGGUACUGAUCGCCGCUUGCCCGUUUUCGCAAGCUCUUUGUUGAGUCUGAUAUCACCGUGGGAUCGUUCCCGCGCCGCUCGCUUAACUCGUUCGCCAGCAAGAUGUCCGCGCCCGGUGGCCCCCCCACCGCCCCCGCGUAGGCACUCCGACCCCUCCGCCCCCGCCACCGACCCCCCCACUACACGCGUGCCCCCUCACACCCCCCACAAACUGGAGCUCGACUUGCGGCAAGAACUACUCAACACAAAUGACAACAUCGAAUUCGAUUCCUGGCUCGGAUGCAACUUCGAUCAAGAUACAGAACAACAUCACCGCUUCGAACACGACAUCCCACUACAAAGGUCAGUGUCCCUAGAUAGAGGCGUAGACGUAUUCAAUUAUUUGCAGACCAUCGGAUCAGACUGGUCGGGCAGCAGUAUCGGGUCUACCUGGACAGUCCAUUCGUUUGGGCAAGGUAUAGAACGGUACAGGAGCGUUGAAGAUGUCCCAGCUUCUCAGAUUAGAGUGAAAAGCAGGCGUGCAUCUUCAGAUUUUGACGGCGCGUUCGGACGCAGCCUAGCGUUAUCCGUCUUGAGGGACAGUUAUAGGGGCAUUGACAUGGGCAGUGGGAGUCUGUCGCCGCAGAUCAAGAAAUUGAAAUGGACCUAUUCGGUAACCGACUCCUUUGAGGACUUCGCCGAUUCGAAAGUCGAUGAUCUGCGGACUACGAAGGACGCAUUCCUUAGAACAAAGAGACCUUAUUGCAGGAGCUGUUCGGUGGAAUCGAGCAAGUCGAAUGCCAGUAGCGAUUUUGAGGGCUAUGUAAGCAGUGGUAGACAAUCACCACAGAUCAAAAAGUUAAAAAAGAAUGUGUCGCUUCGAAAUUUAAUACAAGUAAAACGAGCCACGUUUGAUUUGAAAUCAGAUAGUGAAGAUAGUGAAAUAGAGGCGUUUACGCCCUACUUCAAAGAUAUAUCCAUAAAGACUAGAAAAACAAAAGAACUUUCAGAUAAAGGGUUAGAGACGAAAAAUUUACCGACAUUGGUCAAACAUUUGAAAAGCUUUUCGUUGCGAAAAAAUCUUGCGGAAACAAGUGAAGGAUCGGAAAGCUCUAAAUUGAAGAUGAAUGAAAUGAGUGAUAGAAAGAGAUUGCUUCACAGAAGCAUGUCAAUUGAUGCGGAAAAGACAAACGUCAAAAGUGAGGCAGAAUGUGGAUGUAUGGAUGGACAUCAAAAGAGGAUCGGGAUGACGCGCCACAUGUCUUUUGUUGGGGUGAAGAAAAUGGAAACGAAUUUGAGGAAGGAGGUAUUGAUCAAGCAAAAUAUGAGCUACCUCCAUAGCAGCUGCGAAGAUAUCCUGGCUAGGAGCCACAAAAAGACACGUCGCAGGUCGAUCGAGUCGAAUGCGGACUCAGGCUUUCCUUCAAUGAAACACACCUCCAAGAUUGAAGUCCGUAGUAACAUUCAAUUACCGAAAAAAGACGUUACUACGACGAAAGGACCGCCAUCCAAUCAAGUGGUCUCUAUAAAUGCAACGGAUGAAAACCGUUUUCAAGCAACCGGUGUUGCCAAAUGUGAAAACAUAAAUCCUACCAAUACUUCCAAUUUAGUAGAAAUAAGUAGAAUUUGUGACUGUCGAAUUUGUACGGAGGACGAGAGAGAGGAUAGAAAGUCGUUGAUUCGUAGGAUGUUAAAUAAACUCUUUAUGAAAAUUAUCUCUGGCAGAGAUUAUGGUAGGAAGUUGACAUAUUGGGAUGAGAAUAAUAAUUUAAACGAAAGUGAAAUGUAUACUUGUAUUAUGCAUAUACUGAAGUUGAUGCUUGGUCUUUGGUUGAGGCAUUUAGAUCACAAUUAAUUUAGAUAGUAGAAUGUCGGUAAAGGUUAAAAUAUAUUGAAUGUUGAUGAAGUUAAAGUAGUUGUUUGUGAUUAGUUCUUGUCUUCAAACUCUUCACUUCUUCUGACAAUGACUAUGUCAUUGAAUUUGAAUCCGUAACCGGUAAUAAUUAUGACUCAUAAUAUUUUGAAGUAAGCUUCUCUGUUUUCUAAUAGUGCACAUGUUAGUUUUAGGAAUAUUUUGUCAACUAAUCGAAUAUUCUUACUCUGUCAUCAUCUCUUUACAUUUCCAAUUCAUGUCAAUUUCCUAUGUCAUAAGUAUGGAUGUUAUAAAUAGGUGUUAUGCUGAAUUUUAGUACAAAACAGAAACGAUUAACUACGACUAUAUGAAGUCUUGUACAUCCUACGUGGUAUAUUAAUGUUGUUGCUUCCAAUUUGUACUAAUAUUUGGUACGUGUGUGUGUUGCCCGAUUCACGGAACAUUUCACAGAUUGACCGAAAUUCUCUAUGGUCCAAUUUUACAGGCCAUAUUUUAUCAUUGACAUACGUAAAAUAAUUUUUCAACACCAAUUUUUUUUUUCAUGUUUUUUUUUUUCACUCGAAUCGGGCAACAUUGCGAAGUGACUGACACGCAAAGGCUGUGUAUGUGUGACAUUAUAUACAUUAAAGUAUGAUAUCACAGCUUGUAAUCGUUUAUGUUUAAGUUACAACUUGUAUUAAGUUUGGACCGUGGUUGCAUACUUGUUUAUUGAUGUUGAACGUGGGAUCGCGGUCUUGAGCCUUCAUGUCACUGUUCCAACUGAGAACUUUGACUCACAACAUUUGGUGCGUGGACUCUUCACUCCCUAUGGAUUGAAAAGAGACGGGUUGUCUUUUUAACCCUCAAUUUAAUGUAUUAGAGAAUAAACUCUGAUUUUGCACCAUUAUCAAUCUUUUGUCGCAACGUUGGUAAGAGACAUUGGCUCAUACAUUCCUUGAAUACUUUGUUUAAUAGAUUAUCAAAUUUUGGCUUUGUUUGGAAGCGUGAGUGCCAUUAUAAGAUAAUGCUACCUUUUGUAUUUCAUUAUAACCAAUCAUCGGACCAAUAUAUAGAAACAUAUCUUCCAUUUGUCUUUUCGAAAUCGUAAUUUUAUAUUGGUCUCGACUCUGUAUGUAUUUAAUACUCAAUUUUAAUUGUAUUAUAAUUAAUUUUGUUAGUACUCAUGGCCUAAAUAACUGUGAAACACGCAGCACUUUCCAUUCCGAAGUAUUUAACUUGCCAAAUGAAUGAUACAUUUAAGUGCAAGUGUUUUUUAAGUAUUUAUUUUGAUUUUAGCACUCGACUAUACGAUAACUGCGACUCUGGGACACAAGCCGAAGCACAUAGUGUAUGGUCCAAAUGUGAGGUUAAAUACCUCUGUAAUGUCACAAAUUGUUGCUAGAUUAUUAGAACGCUUUCACAUUUAGGCGAUUUAGCAGCGCGACAAACGCGCAACAGACGCGCUGUAGAAAAUUUCAUACUAUGUGACAGCGGAUGCAUCCCUUCACAUUAUAAAAACGCCGCUGCCGCGCUACUAACGCCCUAUUGUGAAAGCGCUCUUAAUUUUCCGGGCGUAGUGGGGUUCUUAUUUAGCUGAAUUUUCACUCAAAAGUGUGCAGUGUUGCCCUAUUGUUUAAGGUUGAUAUUGUCACGAAAUUUUAGAUCUCAAAAAAUACAUUUGGACCAUACAUCUUGAACUGGCCGCAACGGAUACCAGAAUAACCCCAUUUUCAAAAAUGCUUAUUUACUAUUACUGUUGACAUGAUAAAAAAUGUCAUAACAUGAUGAGCUGAUGCCAAUUUGUCAGCAUGUCCAGUCCUUGAAUCAGCCAGUUGUUUAGAAACUGGUAUAUCAUUAAUAGUUAUAGAAAUUCAGUAAAUAGCAUAAGACGUUAAAAAGUAAAAUAAUACAGGCAGUAAUAAGUUUUACAAAGACUUAUAGUUUAGUGGUUGUAAAAUUUACCGUUUUUACAGAUUAAUAGAUUAAAGUAUUCUAAUGUUCUCGAUGUUUAUUAAUCCUGCUCACUCAUAGCAGGAAAGAAAGAGCGAAAAUAAGCUUCGAGAAUUCUAGAAUCCGUAAUUUCAUAGAAUUAAAUUCGUUGUGGCUAGUCGUAAGAACUACGAAUCACUAGAAA